AAUAGAUUAUCAAGUUGUACUCAUAAACUUGCUGAUCAGAAAAAAGUUAUACUCAUAAACCACAACCUAAGCCUCAGCGCUUGGUUCAGAAAAGCAUAAAGCUUCAAAAGAACUGGGUUUUUCAACAUUAAACUUUUAACUGCUUCAGUCUAUAGGAAUUGAUUAACCAUGUAAAUUUGCAUUGGCUGUGGAUUGUAUACAUCACAGUUUAAAGAGAAUAAUAUUUUCUAUUGCAAGGGCUGAGAACUGUGUAUUUUUUUUUGAAGGUUGUUAAGGUGGCAGAUUUUGGUGUUGCUCGGUUCCAGAACCAAGGGGGAGUAAUGACUGCAGAAACUGGGACGUACAGAUGGAUGGCACCUGAGGUUAUAAACCAUCAACAAUAUGAUCAGAAAGCAGAUGUUUUCAGUUUUGCUAUUGUGUUGUGGGAGCUAGUUACAGCAAAGGUAUUUCCUGAACCUAACACAAAGGCAUAAGUUCAUUAAAUGAAUAAAUACAUUUAAUAUUA